GGGAAAGGCAAAGUUUGCUUUGCUUCGGUGUGUCUGCCGUCAGUAAAUGGCUUCAGGAACUGCGACGCUAAACACCACAGUCUCCAGACACCAGAAGAAAUUUGCAGGGAACAUUUUGGAGUCACGUUCCUCUGUGUGGGCUAUGGCACCUCUGAGCCAGAUAAGCAGCCACCUCAACUCCACCUGCGGGGCAGAAAACUCCACUGGCGUCAACCGGGCCCGUCCGCACGCCUACUACGCCCUGUCCUACUGUGCUCUCAUCCUAGCCAUCAUCUUUGGCAACGGCCUGGUAUGUGCUGCUGUGCUGAGGGAACGUGCCCUGCAGACCACCACCAACUACCUAGUGGUGAGCCUGGCUGUGGCCGACCUGCUAGUGGCCACGUUGGUGAUGCCAUGGGUGGUGUACUUGGAGGUGACAGGUGGAGUCUGGAAUUUCAGCCGCAUUUGCUGUGACGUUUUUGUCACCCUGGAUGUCAUGAUGUGUACAGCCAGCAUCCUGAACCUCUGUGCCAUCAGCAUAGACAGGUACACAGCGGUGGUCAUGCCAGUUCACUAUCAGCAUGGCACCGGGCAGAGCUCCUGUAGACGUGUGGCGCUCAUGAUCACAGCUGUGUGGGUGCUGGCUUUUGCUGUGUCCUGCCCUCUCCUCUUUGGUUUCAACACAACAGGGGAUCCCAGCAUCUGCUCCAUCUCCAACCCUGAUUUUGUCAUUUACUCUUCAGUGGUGUCCUUCUACCUUCCCUUCGGGGUGACUGUCCUGGUCUAUGCCAGGAUCUACAUAGUCCUGAGGCAAAGGCAAAGAAAACGGAUUCUCACUCGACAGAACAGCCAGUGCAUCAGUAUCAGACCUGGCUUUCCUCAGCAGUCUUCCUGUCUGAGGCUGCAUCCCAUUCGGCAGUUUUCAAUAAGGGCCAGGUUUCUGUCAGAUGCCACAGGACAAAUGGAGCACAUAGAAGACAAACAAUAUCCCCAGAAAUGCCAGGACCCCCUUUUGUCACACCUGCAGCCCCCCUCACCUGGUCAGACACAUGGGGGGCUGAAGCGCUACUACAGCAUCUGCCAAGACACUGCCUUGAGGCACCCAAGCUUCGAAGGCGGGGCAGGGAUGAGCCCCGUGGAGAGGACUCGGAACUCCUUGAGCCCCACCAUGGCACCCAAGCUCAGCUUAGAGGUUCGAAAACUCAGCAACGGCAGGUUAUCCACGUCCCUGAGGCUGGGGCCCCUGCAGCCUCGGGGAGUACCACUUCGAGAGAAGAAGGCCACCCAGAUGGUGGUCAUUGUGCUUGGAGCCUUCAUUGUCUGCUGGCUGCCCUUCUUCCUGACUCACAUUCUUAAUACCCACUGUCAAGCAUGCCAUGUGUCCCCAGAGCUUUACAGAGCCACGACGUGGCUAGGCUAUGUGAACAGUGCCCUGAAUCCUGUGAUCUAUACCACCUUCAAUGUGGAGUUCCGCAAAGCCUUCCUCAAGAUCCUGUCCUGCUGAAGGAGGAGAAGAGACUUCACUCCCUUUACCCACUUCGAGAUGCCAGGCAGUUUGAACCC